AGUCGUUAGACGAGGAAGUGGUUUGUUGCGGCCCGGCUCGACUCACGCCGAACCUUCACUCGUUCAUUCUCUGCUCCUCUGAAAACCACCAGGCCUGCUCCGGGACGGGGUUUUUAUCCGCGUCGAGGGUUUUAUUCCAGAUUCAAACCAUGGCGGUGCGCUACGUCAUUUUCUCGCUGCUGCUGUCUCUGUUACCGCAGAUGAGCUCCGGACGGAGCUGCGACUGGCAGGGGGCCGCGGAGCCGAACCGAGGCCUGGACCCCCGGGCUCUGGAGGCCGGGGCCCGCCACCUGCUGCUCCUGGAGGAGGUGACGGACAUGGAGCGGUGCCGGCAGGAGUGCUGCGCCCACCCCGAGUGUCAGGUGGCCAUGCUGGCCUACCCCCAGGACACGGGUCCGCAGUGCAUCCUGGUGGGCUGCCAGAACCAGCGCGGGGAGGACGUGUGUGCCUUCCAGCCGGACGAACAGUCUGAGAUCUCCCGCAUCAGGACCAGGACCCGGCAGAGUCCGGAUGGAGAGCUGCCCGUCGCACCCGCGAGAGUCCAAAACUCCACAAACGCGACAAACGCCACAAAUACAGACCGGUGUCGUCAGCCGAUGAAGGUGGGCUCCUGCCGCGCCGCGUUUCCCAGUUUCUACUACAACGUCACAAACCAGACCUGCAAAAUCUUCAUCUACGGCGGCUGCGAGGCCAACGGCAACAACUUCAACAGCGAGGAGGAGUGCUUGGCCGCCUGCAGCGGAGUGACAGGUACUGUUUUACCAGAUGACUCCGCCCCUCAGUCUCACUCUAAACCUGGCCCCCGCAUGUCUGCCCCACUCUCUGACAUCCCAGUACUGUCUAAGGAUGUAGAGGCUAAUUCCAGUCAUAACAAAACUGAGCGCUCUGCUACAGACACCAUCCCUACCGAGGAGACGGGAUCUACCACUCCUGUGGCAGCUCUGCUAGAGAUGUCGGCCUUGGAGUAUGCCGAGAUGUGUGAGGCGAAACCAAAGGUGGGUCCAUGCCGCGCCGCCUUGAGACACUGGUACCACGACGGCCAGACACGCACCUGCAAAACUUUCAUCUACGGUGGUUGCCGAGGCAACAAGAACAACUACGUCACUGAAGAGAGCUGCAGGGCCGCAUGCACAGUCACAGUCAUCCCCUCCUCCAGAAAGGUUCAAACAGAGACUCAGACUCCCAAUGCUGAGGACCAGGCAGCCAAGGACUACAAAGAGUACUGUGCACCGGCCGCAGAUACCGGUCCAUGCCGUGCGGCCUUCACCAUGUAUUACUACCAGCCGAGCACCGGAACCUGCCAGACCUUCAUCUACGGCGGAUGCCGUGGCAACAACAACCGUUACCGCAGCCUGGAGGAGUGUACGGUCCGCUGCUCCGGACAACAAGGUUCGUUUGAAGAGCGAGGACAUGGAAACCCACGUGACCACUGGACACCAGCUUUCUUCCUGGUUGGGACUCUGGCAGUGAUUUCUGUCCUGCUGCUGAGCUUCCUGGUCCUGAUCAUGGUCCGCCGCGUCAGACUGCCCAGACGCGCGUCUUCUGUCAGUGACAAGGAAGAGCUGCUCCCAGAGCCAGACGAGCAGUCCUCGUUGGAGUCCUUGUCCGUCCAGGGGAGUCCCAAGGUCGGGCAGGAGUAAGGCACGGCCCUGGCUUCAAACAGGGCUGAUAUACAGGGGGGGGGGGGAAUUGCCCAUCCAAAAAACAGAUUUCAGACAUUUCUUUCCUGAGGAACCCACAUGACAAAUGACCUUGUCUUUGGAAAGCGUGCCGAAGGCUCUCCUUAGCCAUUCAGAGCCUCCAGCCAUUGUUUGAGAAUCCAAAGUUUGAGACGCUGAAGGGCAGAUGAAAGUGUACAGGGUUCGGUUCCCAGGAUUGACAUGGUGGUUUGGUUUUUGGAAGUGGUCUUUUGUUUCGGUGUGUGAGCUAUAUGAUGUCAGCUGAUUCUCUCACCUCUUAUUCUAAACAUGAAGUCUGGAUCCAAGUAGAAACCUCAGAACUUGUCUUCUACUUUUCCUCACUACCAACUUUAUUUUGACAAAGUGAUCUGUGCCUUUAUCUAAUGAGUCAGUUCAUAACCUGUUAUUUUGUAAAAUCACUUUACAAAGUCUGUACUUUAUAAAUAUGAAAUGUAUUUUAAAUGUAAACGUUAAUGUGAACCGCUCCCCGACGAGCUCGAGUACAAUUUUUCAGAAAUUUGUGGAAGAAAUUUCAGGGCGUAAGGACGCAAAAUCAGGAUUUAAGUCUGAAUUCAAACGCAGGAUGCUGAAGGAACUGGAAGGCGGGAAGAAAAGGAGCGGUAGCACCCUACUAACUGUAAACGACGGCCUAAAUCUCAUCCGUUACGGGGAACGGUUGAAACAGAUUCAGGCUUAGAACACCCCCCAAACCCUGGAGCACACUGAAACCACCACCGCUGGUUAAAAAGCCACCUUAUUGCCCUGGGGCCCCGGCAGCUAACACGAGGUCCGCAUCGUUAGCUUGAGUGGGACAUGCUAGCGUUAGCCGUGCUAGCACAGCUCCCCAUCACGCUAGUGUUAAGCAGCGGAUAUUGUGAAGUCUCACAACCACAAAGCUCUGUUAGCUGUUGCCUUUUAGAUGCCCGCCAUUUAAAGACGUAGGAUUUUACAUUUAGAGGGGUUUGUUGAGAUUUCUACCGGAUGUGAUCUUGGAAUACCUUUUCCCGCUUUUUUCAGGCUUCAGAAAUCAGAAUUGUUCUUGGUCCGGGGUUGUUGUUGUUUUUUUCUUCUUAUGAUGUUUUACCUCGGUUUGUUUCAUUUCUUUCAUAUUUUAGUUGUUUUAAGUUGAUCGUUCCCAGUGGUUCCCAGCUCAGAUGACGUGUGCGGGGUACGGGGCGUUGUGGCGCUGAACCAGCUGCGAUCACCCCGCCGACGUGACGUCACCCCGCUGACGUCCACGUUCCCCUAACCGCGGCGACCGGAAAAGACUUCAGCCGAGCGUAUUGUGGACUUAUUAAAUAUAGAAAUACUGAAUGCAGAAAUGAUUAAACACGACCCAGAGGAGCUCUCAUUUGGCCUGAAACGUGAUGAAAACAAGACUUUAACUGAACAGACGGCGAGUCGCGAUUUCUUAAAAAUGAAUUUAAACCAUGAGUCCGGUUUCCCCGUCGCACUAGUCGGAGUAAAGACGUGCUGAGCGCCACGGUUUUGUACAAUGAAGGGACUUCACAAUGUGCACUAUGUACUGCCGAACGGUUUCUUCUCUUAUUGAUACUGUAGCGAAUUCGGGGGGACUACGCAACCACUGGAACUGCCGCGGCCGGGACGCGAACCCGUAUCGCCCGCACCGCAGGAAGCAUCGCUAACUGCUAGACUAAAGGGUCACACCCGCGUGCCAGCGGCCAGCGUGUCUUCUUAUCCAUGCACGUUACACUAUUAAAUUAUUUGGUAGAAUGUAUUUACACGCAUAUUCGGGACACAUAUAAAUCAGUUUCGGGUAGUGUUUAUAGAACUCUUCACGUCUGGUUGGGAUGUUUCUCGUUCGUGUCAGUGUCACGCUAAUGCAGAUUUCCCACAAUGCUUUGGAACGCAUCAGUCUUUUGCCCACCUAGGUGGAUGGUUGGCAUCCGCCAGAUUCCGGCAGAUUUGAUUGGUUGCCAGCUGGCCAUUCGGAGCGGAGAGCUGACGCGGUUUACAAACGGGGCCAGUAAACGUCCAUCCAAUCACGUGAUUUAAAGCUGAAUCUAGUGCGGGACUUCUCAGGACCAUCCCGUCGUUCUCGUAAAUGUUCCCUUAUGAUUGGUUGUAGACUGGAGCGCGUACACAUUGAAACCAGCAGGUGGCGGUAGAGAUAGCAUAAGGUUGCGUUGAUACUAUUGUCUCAAAACACUGAAGAUAUCUCCAGCGUCCAAACCGCCUAUCCUGCUCUCAGGGUGGCGGGGUCGCUGGAGCCUAUCCCGGAAGUCACCGGGCGGCAGGCGGGGAGACACCCUGGACAGGCCGCCAGACCAUCACAGGGCCGUGAAAUAGACUAAAAUAGACUGAAAUAGACUGAAAAAUAGACUAAAAUAAACGAUGAAUAAAUAUAUAUAAAGAUAGCUGUAGGGAAAAAUAUAUAUAAAGAUAGAUGUAGGGAAAGUAAAUAUAAAGAUGGGUGUAGGGAAAGUAAAUAUAAAGAUAGAUGUAGGGAAAGUAAAUAUAUAGAUGGAUGUAGGGAAAGUAAAUGUAAAGAUGGAUGUAGGGAAAGUAAAUAUAUAGAUGGAUGUAGGGAAAGUAAAUAUAAAGAUGGACGUAGGGGGGAAACUUUAGGACAUUGCAGUGCAAGCCUGUUUCAUGCGUCACGCGCUCAUCAGCUGCCAAGGUGGUUAAACAACAAAGAAAUAACAGCGAAUAAAUACCACUCUGCCCCACGCCACGCCCCUAGUUACGGUGCACAGCAACCAAUGGGAGGACAGGAAACGUUUGAAAAAUAACACCGGAAACAUUCCAACCAAUGGGGGAGGGACUGGGCUCGUAUACAGACAUAUAGAUGAUACAUAUAGAUAUAUAUAUAUAGAGCGAGAGGUACAGAUAUGUUGGGUAUUGGGUUGUUGUGGUUAUGUCGGUCAUUGAAAUAGAAAUGACAUUUAUACGUUGAUUUUAUUUUUCUUUACUCUGUCUUUAACUUGCACUACCAAACACUUCCAUGUGAAAACACAAGAAAUCACGAAUAAAGACAAGAAAUGGAA